AUGGUGUACCACUCAUCCUACACGCAUUUGGAGGGUGUGGAGUUUGCAUGCGGUUGCCCCUUGCUGCCGCUCAAAGCCACCGCCAGAGGACCCACUCACAACACCUCCACUGAGGAGACGGACAUAGUGGACGAGGCAAUCACGCUCUUCCGAGCCAACGUGCUGUUCCGCCGCUUUGACAUCCGCGGCCCAGCGGACAAGCUGCUGGUCUACCUCACGCUUUACAUCAACAUGGCUCUAAAGCGCAUCGACUCCUGCCCCUCCGAGGCUGAGGGUAUUAGACUGCUCAUCAACCUGGGAUUGGAGCCUUUUCCUAUUCCGGGCGACCCAGGAUUCCCCCUCGCUGGCUUGUUUGCCACGCCGACCAGUCGCCUGGAAGCAGAGACGCUGCGGACGUACCUGCAGAGUGUGAGGGAGGAGACGAGCAACCGGCUGCUGCAGCUGGUGUAUCUCCCCGACGGCUCGCCCAACAAGUGGUGGCUCUCCUUCAGCAAGCGCAAGUUCAUGAACGUUGCCAUGCCCCUCUGA